UAAUUGCUGCAAAGCUCCAGCCUCCUUGACGGCCGAUCGGAGUCGCCGAUUUCUCAAUUUCCGGCGUUUGGAGGGUUUAUGGAUUCCUUCUAAAAUUUCAAACCCUAUCUUUGAUAUAAACACUCGCCGCUGUAUCUUCAUCCUCAUCGCUUCUGUAUCUGCUGCUUGAUUUAAACACUCCGUCGCUGCUGUAUCUGCUGAAAAGGUAAAUUGUAAAAAGAUUCAGGAAUGACAACCUAUUUGUGGAGGAAAUAUGCUGAUUACUUGCACACUAAGUGGGAGAAAGAAGUUCUAUGGACGAUGGUUGAUCCAUUCAAGCGCCCAAAAUCGUUUACUCCUCUUGUUACAAUCUAUGUAUGCGCCUUCUAUACUGGGGUCAUUGGAGCCGCAAUCACCGAGCAACUCUACAAGGAAAAAUAUUGGGAAGAUCAUCCUGGUGAGGCGGUGCCAAUUAUGAGACCUAAAUUUUAUGGUGGGCCUUGGAAGAUUUACAAAGGAGGUGUUCUUCCACCCAACAAGUGAAAAUCUACAAAAUCUGAAGCUCAUUUUGCAGAAUAGAAGCUUUCAGAUAUGCUACAGAUUUCUUGCAUAUACAACGGUUAGUAACUCUGUUCCUGAUACUUGCUUUGCGUUCUUCAAAUAAUCAAGAUACAUGUCGACUUUACAACCUCUAUUAAGAAGCUAAUCUUCGUGGGUUUGAAUCUUGCUUCAAAGAAGAAUCUAAAUGUGUUCUAGUAUCUUGCAUGAUCAAGAAAGAUUUGUGUAUGUUUGUUAAAAACUUAAAAAUGAUGUACCUUGUGGCU